AUGGGGGAGAGCAGCCCGAAUCUAUCUCGCAUUGGACACAAGAAUUCACAGCCGCUCCUGUUUUCGCCGUUGAAAAACACGGAAACGUCGUAUUCGUCAGACGCCAUGCAUCGCAUCAUUAUGGAGGCUAGGCCAAAGGACUGCUACAGCAGCAGCGAGUACGUCGCCUACCUGGGCCGGAAGCACAGCGAGGGCCCGAUCUAUGGUAGG